AGGUGGUGGGACUUUAGCUGGGACUUGAAGGAAGCCCAGGGCAGAGAUAAAGAGGGAGAGUGUUUCAGGCGCGGGACAUGGCGGGAGAAAAACUGAGCCUGGACACGGAGGAUCUUCUGUCAGCGGCAGGAGGUGGGCGUCGGGCGUCCGAUUCGCAGAGCGGGGAGGGUCCCCAGCACCUGGUGCCUCGAACAUCGCAAUAGGUGCCUGUAAAUGUGGGGCAUUUGACCUGCUGCGGAGACCCCCAACCGGAACCGUGAGAAGCCUUAAGUUGGCUUGUCUGGGGUGUCUGGGGGUGCUGGCCCCCCCGUCUGUGACGUCUGCAAGGGAGUGCUGGAAAGCGCGAGCCACGGCUCGCCCACGUGGAAGAGCUCGCCGGGAUUCGGGCUCACAGAACUGGGGCAGAGGGACCCCCACUUGUUCCCGAGCUCAGCCUCGGAUCCUGGGCUCUAGCUCCCGACCCCCACUUAUUCCCGAGCUCAGCCUCCGUUCCUGGGCUCUCCGGCUCCAGUUCCUCCCAGUCCCUCCCCCCUCGCAGGGCCAGACGGGGGGUGGGGCCACAAAAGGGAGGGACCCCGACGUCUCAAAUACCCCCGGAGUCGGCGCUGCCGGAGGGGUGUCGGGCAGGCUGGGCUCGGGGAUCGCGAUGGGGGCCGGAGCCGCGUGGUGGGCUUUCCUCUACCUCUGCCCGCUGGUUCGAGGGCAGGACCACGGCCCGGGGCUGGCUCCCUCCCCUCCCGCCCGCUGCGAGCCAGGACGGUUCCUGCACCGGGAGGCGGACGUUUUACGCUGCUGUAGCCUGUGUAACUCGAGUACCAAGCCUUGCCCAUCUAAUCAGCUAAGAGACUGCACCUGUGCCAGACCCGGAGAGUUCUGUGAAGACUCAGACUGCAGCAAGUGCAAGAGGCACAUAUGCUUGCCCGGUCAACAGGUCCUCAUACAUGGGACCUUUCUUUUCGGCUUCUCUUGCAAGGACUGUGAAGAUGGGACUUACUCAAAUGGCAUGGAUGACAAAUGUCUGCCCUGGACUGACUGUUCCAGGGAGGGAUUUGUCACCGUCCGGCCAGGGAACAGAACCCAUAACGUGCUGUGUGGGAUGGCCCUGCUUCCAGAAUCAGGUCUCUUUGACUCCUCCAGCAUCCUGGCGGCCAUCCUCAUAGGCUUAACCACGGUUACCGUCAUGCUUGUUGUUGUCCAGCUGGUCCUCCACUUCUGGUGGGCCAAAAAGGAGCCCUCCCCCAAAGACAGAGAGCCCAUCUUACCCUUGGGGCCUGGGCCCCCUGAUGAUAUCGGCAACUGCCCUUUCCCCGAAGAGGAGUGGGGGGAGAAGACAGCGGAGGAGAAGGCCGAGGCGGGUCACCCGUGGGUGUAAAGGAGCUCCCCUGACUCUCCAGCCCUCCACAAUCUGGAACUUUGAAGGAGAUAGUCCAGAGAAACAAAGAGAGAAGCCAGCUUCCUGUCUGUCGGUCCCCUUUCCUCUCCCACCUGAAGCUGCUGAGGACAGGGUCAGAAUACCCCAACUAAGAUCCCUUCCAAUGUGAGACGGUUGAAAAUCUUUGGACCCACCAAGCGCAAAUGGAGCCAUUUCUCCAGAUCUGGGCCCCCGCCUGACACUUCACAAAGGCGGCAUCGGGGUUGGGGGUCAGAUCCUGGCACUGAAGGAGAGAGGGAGCAAGAGGAGGAAGGGGAGAGCUGGCCCUUCGGCAACUUCAACUGUGAAUGGAGCAAGUCACCAGACUGGGGCAGGACCCCAGGGGGCUGGACCCCAGGGGGCUGGAUCCCAGGGGGCUGGACCCCCACAGGGAUAAUUCUUAUCCUACCUCUGGACCUUUGCCUUUGCUGUUUCCUCCUUCCUGGAAUGUUCUUCUACUUUUCAGAACCCCUUUUGUUGUUGUCUUUUUAAAAAUCAAGUAGAUAUGUCCAAAUCUUUGGCACCCUAUGGAGAUGGGGGUUUCUUGGCAAAGAUACUUUGCCAUUUCCUUCUCCAGCUCUUUUUAUGUUUU